AUGAAUGCCCGCAAGGUGUACAGCGAUUAUACUCGAGAACAGAAAAAGACAGGAGGUGGACAGGGACCCACAAUUCCAGCUGAGAUAGUGAUGGAGAAUAAAGACAUCAUGAAUCCUGCAGAAUUGUUGAGAGAUCAUAAUGUAUAUGAUUCUGAUGGCCCUUAUGUUAAUAAAGGGGCAAGCACAUCAAAAGGAAAGGACAUACCAUGCAUCUCCACUCCCAUUAGGAAAAAUUUUAAAAAUGUGGAACGCAUAAUUAGUAAGAAGGUAUUUAGAUCUUUAAAAAAGAAGCUGUUCCCUCAAACAAAUUUGCCGCUCUCUUCAAUAAAGAAACUAGAAAAUAAAGACUUGUUAAGGGAAAAGCGACAAGAAAGAAGACAACAAAAGAAAGUUGUGGGGGAACUUUCACAAGUAUGUGAUACUAACCAUACCAUCAAUUUAAAUGAAAGCAACGGGAAUGGUACUGAUAGCAGUAGCAGUUUAACUAUUAGUACAAUUUCAGGUGAUUGCUUGCCAAUAAAUUUUCCUUCUACUAGUUUGUCAGAAGAUUCAUCUAGCAAUGGCUAUGUAUGCUGUUUUGAUUGA